AUGUCUCGUCCGAAACCAGCUUUAGCUCGAAAACCAAGCGCAGUAAAAUGCUUUCGCGCGCACUGGGGCUACGAAGGCGCGGCAGAUGAUGAGUUGAGUUUCGAAGAAGGCGAUCUCGUCUACAUCGCUGAACAGCACGACGGCGGCUGGUGGAGAGGAACUUGCAAGGGAAAGUCGGGACUCGUUCCGAGCAAUUAUCUUGUAGCGGAUGAAGAUGAUGGAACAGGAGCGUCCGGACAGAUUGAUUUUCCUCUGCAUGAGGGCGCCAAAAGGGGCAAUUUGGAAUGGGUGAUUGAAUGUCUUGAAAACAAAGUCCAAAUCAACGGUCAAGAUCGCAGUGGAUCAACAGGACUCUACUGGGCCGCUUAUGGAGGCCACGUAGAAGUAGUCGAGCGACUUCUUCAAAACAAAUUCACAGACUUGAAUCUCCAAAACAAACUUGGCGACAGUCCCCUCAUCGGCGCUGCUAUUCGAUCGCAUCCAGAAGCUGUCGAUCUUCUUUUGAAGGCUGGAGCAGAUCCGAACAUCACAAAUAACACUGGCGGUACUGCACUCUCUCUAGCAACCAAUAAUCAAGUAAAAUCGCUCAUAAAAGCGCAUCUUGGCCUGAAAACAGAAAGAAAGAAUCAAUCCGACUAUAUCGGCGCAGAAUCCGACAACGACUCCGACUAA